AUGACUUUCACGCCAACAUAUAGGAAUGAGUCGAUAUUGUGGUGGAAAAGAGGAGAACGUCCACUUGCAGUGCCAAAAUGCGGCUUUACAGGGUUACAGUGCCCACUUGAUUUUUUCCAAGCUUACAAGGGAUGGAUUAUAGCGGCAGGAGUGACAUUUCUCGCCAUAAUUGCUGCUGCCUUUGCUGGAAUGGUGUACUUCAUGCGGUAUCCAAUUAACUACCCUUUGAGGCUUCUGGUUACGAGAUUACCAUAA